CUCUCUCUCUCUGAACCUCCAGAGCCCACAAAGCAGCCCGCGUGACGGCGCUCGCGGUGCCCGCGCCGCGCAGCCAUGGGCGAAGCCGAGGCGCUCGCAGCCGACGACAAGGCCGCGGACUCGGGGCCGAGUCCCGGCGACGAGCCGCUCGUGUGGAGCCAGGAGGUGGAGGUGUGCCUCUUCCACGCCAUGCUGGGACACAAACCCGUGGGAGUAAACCGGCACUUCCACAUGAUUUGCAUUCGAGAUAAAUUCAGCCAGAAUAUCGGCCGACAGGUGUCCUCCAAAGUGAUCUGGGACCACCUGAGCACCAUGUACGACAUGCAGGCCCUGGAUGAGUCGGAAAUUUUGCCCUUUCCAAACUCGGAGAAGAGCUUUGUUCUUCCAGAGGAAAUCAUUCAAGAAGUGAAGGAAGGUAAGCUGGAUCUGGACCAGGAGUCCAAAGAGGAUAUCAAAGAAGAGCGAGACUCGCAGUCCACGUAUGGAGAAGGUAGCAAUGCCCCCGCAAAGGUGACAGAGCGGUCUGGCAGCAAACACAAGGAGCGGGACGGAGACAGGAGUUCAACCGAGGGCCCGGUGGAGAAGAAGAAAAGGAGCCGCGCAGUCGACAAGGGCCACAUCUCCAACGGCAACCCACCCAGCCCCGGCGGGACAAAGCGUCGUCGGACAUAACCACACCUGAGGGAGGAGUGUUGGAAACAGCAGUUCUCUUCUCAGCCUGUUUCAUUAGGACACCGAUGGACUGGGAAUGUUUUUCUUGGCAGCAGGGAAUCAUGUGAGGGAGAGUGUGUCUUUCAGAGAUUAGCUCUUGCAGAUGUCGGUAUCUUUAACUGUAAAUAAACAGGCUCCUUAGGUCAGCUGUCGUUCAUCACCUGACAUGAUCACUCCCUUAACUGCAAGGGUUCGAGUGCCAGCUUCGUAGUACCGUUGUACCUCAAGGGUGUGUAGACCACAAAGCGUUUCCUUCGAAGGAGCUCGAUCAGUAGCAGCAAACCGCAGAAAGUGUGCGACUCUGCUUGCUCUGUGACCUUUGGGCCGCUUUGAAAACUGUGUGAAGAUGAAUCUUUUUCUUGGCAUGAAGAAAUGCAGACUGUUCAGCUCUCAUGGAUAGUGUUGCCUGAUGCCAUUCUUCUCGAGAACCUCUCUCCUCCUGCUGUCUCCGAGCACGUGGCAUUAGAUGGAGAUAGAUGGAGAUGUAGGUUAUCCGCUGUUGUACGAGGAGAUGUGCAGCCAAAGACUCAUUUCUUGAAGUACAGCAAUAAGUUUGGUUGGUCUUCAAGCUGCUCAUAGCUGGAAGGAGCUGUUGGGUGUAUUUUAGGUCCACAACUGCAUGUUGGGGAAGUUCAGAUGCCCGGAGAGGGAGAUGGAAGAUGUUCGUAUUGAUGUGCCUUCCCUUGACAAUACCAUGUCAUUCCCAGUUAACAAGCAGAUUGUUUCCUUUUUUCCUUUUGUUGUCUCCUCUUGCAGAGGGAAUGUCACUACUGGAGGUCUUGCUAAGAGAAGAGUUCAUGAACAAUAUUAGUCUGGAAGGGAAUUUGCCAACGUGUCAAGUGUGUUUUUGUUAACUUUUAUUGCGGUUGUAUUUGGAUUCUUCAGCGGUGAAGAAGUGUCUUGUUUCAUACUUUAUGGAUGUUGCGUGUUUUGAUUUUAACAGUGAUUAAA